CAGCGCAUCCGCCAGUUCAACACAAGAGACAGAGUGAAGACCACCUGUGUACUGACAUCAUGCCAACGUUUGAUACAUGUGACAGAAACCGAGGCCGGUUGAACCGACCAAUUUCCUGCGUCAAUGGAGAGAACAAGGUCAUGGCUGAGUUUGAAGCAUUUCAUGAUGCAACACCUCGGGCCCCCAUGUCUUCUGGUGCAGAUCUGACUGUGAUGAGUAUUAACAUGUAUGAGAAGUUGAACAAGGCUGCCCAUCAAACUGCUGCAUACAAUCUCAGCAACCUGAUCAUCCGCCGGGGUCAAGAGUUCACCAUGGGCAUUGUCUUCAAUCGUCCAUUUAACCCAAAAAUGGACUUGCUUUUUAUUGAGUUCCUGAUAGGCAAUAACCCCAUCCGUACCCAGAAGACUUUAAUCUCUGUGACCUUUGGUGGAAAAGACCAGACCAAUGACUGGGUUGUCCGUGUUAUAGAGACCGGCAACAGUAAAACAACACUAGGUAUCACACCAGCCACUGACUGCAUUGUGGGUUUGUACAGCACCUAUGUGAAGAUUAUUACCAAUGCUGGUAAACAACGCUCUCCAAGAAAUCCCAAUACAGAUUUCUACAUGCUGUUUAACCCCUGGGCAGAAAUGGAUCAGGUUUACCUCGCAGAUGAGGGCAAGAGGCAGGAGUAUGUGCUGAAUGAUGUGGGAAUGAUUUACAAUGGAGACUAUGCUAAUGUUGGCAAUCGACCAUGGAACUAUGGGCAGUUUCAGGAAGGAAUUCUCGAAGCUUGCAUCUUCCUUCUGGAUUCAGGAAAAAUGCCCCUCCAGUUCAGAGGAGAUGCUGCAAAAGUGGUUCGGAAAGCCUCAUCAAUGAUCAACUCAAUAGAUGAUAACGGGGUCCUAGAGGGUAGCUGGGGUGGUGACUUCAGCGAUGGUACUGCACCCACAGCCUGGACAGGCAGUGCAGAGAUUCUGCGCAAGUAUUAUUCAACAGGUGGUAAGCCUGUGAAGUAUGGCCAGUGUUGGGUGUAUGCUGGAGUUUGCAACACUUUCCUCCGCUGCCUUGGCCUUCCUGCAAGAGUAAUUACCAACUACUGCUCUGCACAUGACAGCGGUGGUAACCUGUCAACUGACAUUGUGCUGGACGAGGAUGGAAGUCUCGACAGCGAGGUCUCGGAUACCAUCUGGAACUUUCACUGCUGGAAUGAAGUGUUUUUAAAUAGGCCUGACAUCCCUGGAAAUUAUUCAGGCUGGCAAGUAGUGGAUGCCACUCCACAGGAGAUCAGUGAUGGUUAUUAUCGCUGUGGUCCUGCAGCUGUGAAAGCAAUCAAAGAGGCAAAUCUGGGCUAUUCAUUUGAUGCACGUUUUGUGUUUGCUGAGGUAAACAGUGAUGUUGUUUACUCUAAAAGAGACAAGUAUGGAAGCAUACAUGUCAUCUAUGUGGACAAGAACUAUGUAGGAAAGUUGAUUGUGACCAAACAGAUUGGCUCCAAUGAAUAUAUGAACAUCACAGACUCUUACAAAUAUAUAAAGAAAGUGUCACGGCGGCAGACACUAGAGCAACAGCAGGACGCCGAUGCUUUUCGCAGCGCUCGUGCCAUACUGCCGGAUGCUGAUGUGCAGCUGUACACCCAGACCACCAAAAACAACAAGGACAUAAACUUAAACAUGACCUUUAACAACCUGAGCAAUAAACAGCGCACCAUCACUUGUAAAAUCACAGGCAAAGUGGAAUACUACACCGGAGCCACCCGGACCCAGUUCAUGUUCCUCACCCACGAAGUGACCCUGCAACCUUCUGAAUCUAAGCAGGAGGUCAUCACAGUAACAGCAGAUGAAUACAAGAACUUCAUCAUCGGCCAGUCUUUCCUGUGCUUCAUUGUGUACGCCUUCAUCAACGAGACCACCAUGUCCCUGACUGCCAUGGAAUCGAUCCAUCUGGGUGUCCCUUCCCUCGACCUUGAGGUGUGUGGACUCUCUCAGGUUGGAAAGGAUAUGUUUGCGAUCUUGGGCUUCACCAACACACUCGGAUAUGACUUGAACAACGUCACUGUGCGCAUGGAGGGAAUAAACCUCUUCCCUGUGAAAACCAAAAAUUACAGCAUCAUUCAAGAAGGUUCUAAAAUAAAAUGGAUUGAGUCAUUCAAGCCUCAGGAGGCUGGAACCCAGGUGCUGGUGGCUUGCUUGGAUUGUCCUACUCUCAAAGAUGUGUGUGGACACCUGGACAUCAUCAUACAGCCUGAAGCCAACUAAGCAAGAAGAGACACACACACACACACACACACACACACACACAUACAAAGACAGACAGACAGAAAGAGAGAGAGAGAGAGAGACUUGCUUGCUUUUUUUGCUUUUCUAUUCUCAGUAUAUAAAGCUUUGUAUUGAUUAAAAUGAAUAUCACAACAACAUGUGGAGAUUGCUUACAAAUCUUGAUCUUGAAAAAAGGGAUAGUGAUUCAUAAUAGUCAGUAGCAUUUCAUUUGUUACGACACCCAAUUUAGUAAAAACCACUGAUUUAGAAAGCAUGAUUACUAUGGAUGUUAUGAACCUAUAUUCAUUCUGUACACUGUGGAUUUUGUAACUAAAGCAUACUGCAUACUAACAAUAAAUUUUGUGUGAAAAGCAAA